UUUUGCCCCCACCUUUUUUCCCCUCCCUCCCUUCUUCUUUUUUUUUAAUCCCCUUUCUCUUUUUUUGUGAAUGAAAAAAGGAGGUCGCGAGCGGUCCCUGGGACUGCAGCGCUAGGCGUCUUGGUGGCCGCGCCUUCGGAGCGGGCCUAGGCGCGUAGCACCGGCGGCCUCGCCCCUCUCGCCCACUCCUGCUCGCCGCCUCCGGCCUCCGCAGCCAGAGAGGACCGUUGGGCGGCGGCGCGGCCCAGCCGCGGAGGUCUGAGCGGCCUCCCGCUGCCCGGCUCCGGCGCGCCUCCGUGACAUUGGGCGCCGGGAGAUGCUGAUCCGGAAGAGGCAGUGGCCGCAGUGCCGCGCUCGCGGCCGCUCCCGGCCCGCCGUCCGGCCUGGGCUGCUCUGUCAGAGUUUCUGAUGUAACGCGACCCGGGCCCGGAGCCUGAGCGGCGGCAGCGGCAGCAGCAGCAGCAGCGCGGCGGCACCGGUAUCGUCCUAACUUGCACCCGCGGAGUGACCCCAGCCAUUUCACUAAAAUGAGCGUGCUUAGCAGGAAGAGAUGUGUUCCUUACACUAGAAAUCACCCCGUCACAUGUAGCGGUGUCCCAAUUAAUGGAUUCUGACAUGGAUUAUGAAAGACCAAACGUAGAGACCAUCAAGUGCGUGGUGGUGGGGGACAACGCUGUGGGCAAGACCAGGCUUAUCUGUGCCCGGGCCUGCAAUGCCACCCUCACCCAGUACCAGUUGCUUGCCACCCACGUGCCCACGGUUUGGGCCAUUGACCAGUAUCGGGUAUGCCAAGAGGUGCUAGAACGUUCCCGAGACGUGGUAGAUGAUGUGAGCGUUUCUCUCCGCCUGUGGGACACCUUCGGAGACCACCACAAAGACCGUCGCUUUGCUUAUGGGAGAUCUGAUGUGGUGGUUCUGUGCUUCUCCAUUGCCAACCCCAACUCCCUCCACCAUGUCAAGACCAUGUGGUACCCAGAAAUCAAGCACUUCUGCCCCCGAGCACCUGUCAUCUUGGUGGGCUGCCAGCUGGACCUGCGUUACGCCGACCUGGAUGCUGUCAAUAGGGCCAGGAGACCCUUGGCUAGGCCCAUCAAGCCCAAUGAGAUCCUUCCCCCGGAGAAGGGCCGAGAGGUGGCCAAGGAGCUGGGUAUCCCCUACUACGAGACGAGCGUGGUGGCGCAGUUCGGUAUUAAGGAUGUCUUCGACAACGCCAUCCGGGCAGCGCUCAUCUCCCGCCGGCACCUGCAGUUCUGGAAGUCCCACCUCCGCAAUGUGCAGCGGCCCCUACUGCAGGCGCCUUUCCUGCCCCCCAAGCCGCCGCCCCCGCUCAUUGUGGUGCCCGACCCCCCCUCCAGCAACGAGGAGUGCCCUGCCCACCUCCUGGAGGACCCGCUGUGUGCAGACGUCAUCCUUGUGCUUCAGGAGCGGGUGCGCAUCUUCGCCCACAAGAUCUACCUCUCCACGUCCUCCUCCAAGUUCUACGACCUGUUCCUCAUGGACCUGAGUGAGGGGGAGCUGGGGGGACCCUCGGGGUCAGGGGGCCCCCGCUCAGAGGACCACCGGGGUCACCCUGAUCAACACCACCACCAUCACCACCACCACCACCACCACGGCCGGGACUUCCUGCUCCGGGCAGCCAGCUUUGACGUGUGUGAGAGCGUGGAGGAGGGUGGGGGCUCUGGGCCUGUUGGGCUCCGGGCAUCCACCAGCGAUGGGAUCUUACGAGGCAAUGGGACAGGGUACUUGCCUGGGCGGGGUCGAGUGCUGUCUUCCUGGAGCCGAGCUUUUGUGAGCAUCCAGGAAGAGAUGACAGAAGACCCACUGACUUACAAAUCCCGGCUGAUGGUGGUGGUGAAAAUGGACAACUCCAUCCAGCCAGGGCCCUUCCGGGCUGUUCUCAAGUACCUGUACACAGGGGAGCUGGACGAGAAUGAGCGAGACCUCAUGCACAUCGCCCACAUCGCUGAGCUGCUUGAGGUCUUUGAUCUGCGCAUGAUGGUGGCCAACAUUCUCAACAACGAGGCCUUCAUGAACCAGGAGAUCACCAAGGCCUUCCAUGUCCGCCGGACCAAUCGGGUUAAGGAGUGCUUGGCCAAAGGCACCUUCUCAGAUGUGACCUUCAUUCUGGAUGAUGGCACCAUCAGUGCCCACAAGCCCCUGUUGAUUUCUAGCUGUGACUGGAUGGCUGCCAUGUUUGGGGGGCCAUUUGUGGAGAGUUCCACCAGGGAGGUGGUAUUUCCUUACACGAGCAAGAGCUGCAUGCGGGCCGUGCUGGAGUACCUGUACACUGGCAUGUUCACCUCCAGCCCCGACCUGGACGACAUGAAACUCAUCAUCCUGGCCAACCGCCUCUGCCUGCCGCACUUGGUCGCCCUCACAGAGCAGUACACAGUGACUGGGCUGAUGGAAGCAACUCAGAUGAUGGUGGACAUCGAUGGGGACGUCCUUGUGUUCCUGGAACUGGCUCAGUUCCACUGUGCGUACCAGUUGGCUGACUGGUGUCUUCACCACAUCUGCACCAACUACAACAAUGUGUGUCGCAAGUUCCCCCGAGACAUGAAGGCCAUGUCCCCAGAAAACCAGCAGUAUUUCGAGAAACACCGGUGGCCACCCGUCUGGUACCUGAAGGAGGAAGACCACUACCAGAGGGCCCGGAAGGAGCGCGAGAAGGAGGACUAUCUGCACCUGAAGCGGCAGCCCAAGCGGCGCUGGCUGUUCUGGAAUAGUCCGUCCUCGGCGUCCUCUUCGGCCGCCUCCUCGGCGUCCCCAUCCUCCUCCUCGGCUGUGGUCUGAGAUGCUGCCACCCUCUUCUGACCCUGCUGCUGUUGUCCCCACUUGUCUUUGCCCCUCUGCUCCUCCGCAUCGCCCCCUCCACCUCCCAGGGACAGAGGACUCGCAUAACCAGGACCCUUUGGGUGGAGCUGCUCUCACCAGCCAACAUAGGUCGGCACAGAGAGGAGGGAGCCUGGCCUCAUGGACCAGAGCAGUGGCCCUGUGCAGAGGUCCUGAUUCCACGGCCGGCCGGGAGACAACUCCUGGGAGGCGGGCAUCGGGGAGAGAGCUGAGGACCGUGACAUCUUGUCUGUGGGUCGGAGAACCCUAACAUCAAAGGGGAAACUCUCCUGCUGGGAAGAUGUGUGUCCUGGUCUGCGCAAGCAGCCCCCUCCCAGGGAGCAGCAGUGGGCAGGGAGGGUCCUACCUCUGUUGGCCCCACGUCUCCAUCUAUGGACUUGAAGGGUUACAGAGGCUUUGUGGGCCUUUCCACGUGGAGCCUACUCAAAUCCUCACUGGAAAAGUCAGGGUAGAAAUUAAGCCUUCAGAGCCCAACUCCAGGCUUCCACCCCUGUGGUGCAGCUGCCAGAAGCCGCCUCUGUCAGCAUUGCUUCCGGGGCUGUGGGCAACCAGGCCUGAGAAGGCGGCAGAGGUUUUUCAGAGCUGCAGCCCUGGAAGCAGUGCUUCUUGGUGCAAUGAGAAACUUCUCUUUCCCCUGAUCCUUUACCGCUCAGGUUUGGAGAUGGAAACCCAAGGAAACACUGGAACAGGGGGAGAGAGAGUAGAGGGUGAUGGGACCAGAGUACAGCAAUCCCAUGCUCCUUUGGGCUCCUCCCCCCGCUGCUGGCAGCACAGCUUCUUAUGGGGAGAGGGUAAAUUUUGCAAAAAAAUGCAGACAGUAAUGAACAAAAUCACCACCGACAAAAACAUUGUGGCCUCUAUCUCCUCAAAGGAAGAAAAGCAGAAAAAGACCCUGGAUGGCUCUCAUUUUUAUAAAGCCAAGCAUGGGUCCCAUGUGGAUGAGGCAAUGGUCAAGGUGGUAGAAUUGACUCCAAUGCUUUUCAGGAAAGCAGUGUCACUGGCUGUGACCGAGGACGUCCUGGCCCCACUGACUGACUCUGGAGGGCACAGUGCACGCCUUCAGCAUGCUGGGGAUGAGGUUGCAGAGGUGGGGAGGGUGGGCUUGGGAAUUACCAUGGUGUUGGACCCAUCAUGAGAAUCAGACUGUUCUCAACUUCAGCAGGUAACUCCAUAGGAUAUGACCGUGUUGAAGGGGUGGGAUGUGGUAGGGGUCAAAGGUGAGGAAAAGGGGCACUGACAUGGAGAAUAGGAGUCCUUGUCAAGAAGGAUCGUAAUGAAGCACGUGACCUUACUCAGUGCUGGUUGGUGAUAACGGGGAAGAAUGGGGGAAUUGAACAGGAGCAAAACCAAGGUCAGUCCAGAGAAGAGGAGGGAGGAGCCUGGAGGAUGGUGGAGGAUUAAGACAGAAUCUUUCAGCCCCGUGGGGGAAAGCUGGGCCACAACUGACCCUCUCCCCUUUUCUAAAUCUGAUUUGUAUCUCACUCCACACACCCUUCUUAGAUUCAGAACACAGGGUCCCUCUGAUGAAGGUGGAGCCAGAGAGACUGAGCUCCUGUCCUCAGCACUCAGGACUCAUCUCAUCUAAGAAAGAUGCUUUAGGAAGAGGGACUGGGUUUUGGUCCCAGGGCCCGGUGUGGGGGGCUCCACCCCCAAUAAUCUGGCAUAGAGCAAACCCCGCACAAAUGGAACCUCUGCAUCCAUUUUGUGAUGCCAAGACCUAGAGAUUUGAGGUCAAGGCCUUGUCAAGAGAAGGAGCAGGAGGUGGCAGGUCAAGUGCAUCUUGAGUGGCUGUGAGCCAUGGUGUCCCAGCCCUAGACUUCAAGGCCAUGGCUGCCUCCCUUCCAAGUCCUCCAAUGGCAGGCUUGGAAACCGGACAUGUGCUGCCCUCUACUGGCUGGUCAGCUCACUUCUGCUGAGCUCAGGGUGAGGUUGAGGUGAAGGGGAGCCUCCGAGGUGGGGUGUGCUGCUCUGCACCAGCACCUUCACUCUGGGAAGGGCAUAGGAGGGGCCAUGGGGGCCUCCCAAGUAUUCUAGGGGGAUGGGAGAGCCAGGACGUGAAAUCCAAAGGCAGGGGAAUUAGGUCUCCAUGAGGUUGCAGGCCUGAGUCAUCUGGCCCAUUGAUGAGGAUGCAGAAAGGCCAGCAGCGACAGAAAAGGAGGGUGGCUCAGAGGUGGCAGGAGGCUCACAUUUGAGAGGCCACAGAAGGAUCCCAGCAAGCAGGGUCUCACCACCCCUUCCCAAUAGCUCUGUCAGAGAGCCAGUCCAUACCUCCAGGGAGCCCAGCAAGCCCAGGUGGGUCUUAGAUAUCACCUGGGGAGGCUGUGGGGGACCUGGGCCAGCCCAGUCAGGGAGGAGAGGGAUGGAGGAGGGGCUGAAUUCCAGUCCCCCAGGAACCUGGUGCCCAGAAAUUGAGUCAGAGCAGGAGACACAUUCACGCAGGGCAAGCUUGAGCCUGAGGCAUAAAAGCGAGAAGGAAGGAGUGGGUCACACAGCAAGAACACACACUCCUGCACCCGUGUCACUCAGAACUACUCUAGAAGAGAAUGGGAGGAUGGGGGAGAAAAACACACACAUGCCUCUUUUUAUAUAAAAUUGCAUAUUUAAUUUGGUCAUGAAUUCAUAAACACAUGAGUAUUUUGUACCUAA